AUGUUCCGAAACAACUACGACAACGAUGCCGUCACCUUCUCUCCACAAGGCCGGAUCUUCCAAGUGGAAUACGCACAAGAGGCCGUGAAGCAAGGAUCAGUGGUCGUGGGUCUGGUGAACAAGACACAUGCGGUGCUUGUUGGCCUAAAGCGAAAUGCCGAAGAACUCUCCUCUUACCAGAAGAAGAUUAUUGAGAUCGACUCGCACAUGGGCAUCGCCAUCGCCGGCCUGGCAUCAGACGCCCGUGUCCUCUCCAACUUCAUGAAGCAACAAUCGCUCGGCUCCAAGAUGACCUACGGCCGUCCAAUUCCGCUGGACCGUAUUGUGACCCAGAUCGGGGACCGCGCUCAGACAAACACGCAGCACUACGGCAAGCGGCCAUACGGUGUUGGUCUGCUCGUUGCUGGAGUUGAUGAGGCUGGGCCUCACCUUUUCGAAUUCCAACCCUCGGGUCUGAUCCACGAGAUGCUGGCUUGUGCCAUCGGUGCUCGUUCCCAAAUGGCACGAACAUACCUCGAGCGCAACCUCGAUAAGUUCUCGGACAGCAGUCGAGAGGAACUGAUCACGCACGGCCUGCGGGCUCUUAAAGAAACCCUGUCGCAAGAUAAGGAGCUGACUGUGGAUAACACCUCUGUUGGAGUAGUUGGCCUGGCCCCCGAGGGGUCCAAGAACCGGGUGGAGAGCUUCAAGCUGUAUGAGGGGCAGGAGACGGUGCCACUGCUGGAAACUCUGGAGCGGGUAGAGAUCUCCGGCACGGUCGAGGAUGAGAACAUGGAGGUUGACUCAUAA